AUGAUAUCCAAUACUGUACGAUUUUUAAUACUUUUAUUAUUAGUAAAUGUUAUAUGUGGUUCAUAUGCAACAUCAAAUGACAAUCGACGAUUUUAUCAAUUAUUAAAACCACGUUCAAGUGACAAUAACAAUGAAUAUGUUUGGUUUACAAGAGAUGUUCAUAAUGAUAUUAACAUUAACGAAAUGAAACAAGACCGUCCACGCAAAAUUCAAAAUUUAUUUAGUUUUAAAAGUUUCAAUAAGAUAUUUGAUCGAAAAUAUCCACUUGGUGAAAAUAUUAUAUAUGAACCAAAGGAUAUUCAUGAUGAUAUGAAUAGUGGUGAAAAAGAUACGCCUCAAGAACAACAAUUAUCUCCACAAAAAAUAUUUCGUAUGAAAAUGCUCAAAAAUAUUUUCAAUCGAAAGUAUCAAAAUAAUGAUGAAUUUUUAUCGGAAUUAAAAGAAAAAUUUUGA